AUGGAUAUAAGUUCUCCAAUCCGCCUCCAGAGACGGGAGUCAUCCAUCAGGGGAUCGUAUAAGGCUGCACUAGAGUGGUCGUAUGAUGGGGAGAAAUAUGAGCCCUUGACAAUCGUAGAAAUCACGUCUAAUGGAGAAUUGAUCGCCAACAGGUUUCUUGUAAUUACAUCCAACUUGCAAUCCUGUUCCGUGCAACUUCGGAGCUCACUCGAGUUACUACUGACCACUUUUUCCAAUUCGAAAGAUAUAUACUUGAAGUGUGCAAAUUGGAACGAAACCAAGCGAUUAAUAGACCAUCUAAUUGUCUGGCAGAAUUUGAAGCCAGAAGGAAUUCUUAGAAAAUGGGAACCUACAAGCUCUAUAGCGGCCGAGCAAACGUCAGAUAAGAAUCAGCUACUAGUUUGUAGAUUCAAGGUUUUUGGUCCAGUUCCAACCAAAAACAAACAUGUCAGCAUUGUUGAAGGCCCUCAUGUCCCAAUAUACCCAACUAAUAAUAGUAAUACCACAGAAUCGUGGUUCAUGGCAAUGGGGGCUUUAAAGGCUAAUGGUACGCUUGAACUGCUAUCUGAAAGUGACGGUUCCCUCAUUUUUUCAAUUGAUAUUACGCAGCUUUUCAGUUCAGAAAUUCGUCAACUAGACCAUUCAAUAUUUCAAAAUCAAAACUGUUUAUUCUUAGGAAGAAUUAAUGAACUUAGAGUUCAGAACACAAUCAAGACUACUGAACCACUUCCAACAAAAAUGAAAACCCAUCCUUUUAUAAUCACCUCCGAAAAUCAAACUCGCUGGAGUACCAUCAAUAGAAUUAUCAUUGAAUUUCCACUCCAUAUUGAUUUUGAAGAUUGGUUUGUAGCCCUCAAUUCAUUUGCUAGACGGGAAUAUUUUCAACUAGACUACGAUAAUGACAAAUUGCGGGUAUCCAGAAACGUCUCUCUAGAUAUAAUUGAUGCCUCCUUUUACAACGAACUACCAAAAGCGGAGAAGGUGUACGGAGAACUAAUCCUCUGGGGAACACCAUGGUGUCGAACUGCCAUUGUGGAAACGAAGAAGAAUAUUUUCUGGAAAGAAUUGUUUCAACUCAAUCUUCCUCUCAGUUUACAGUACUUCCAUGUGCUGAUCAAGAAAAGUAAAUAUGAAGAUUACUCUCCUCACGAUGAAACCAUCGGGGUUGUCUACGUUACACCAGAUAUGGUGAAAGAUGAUCAUUACGACUCACAGCUAAGCCUAACCAUAUUUUCCAACUCUAAAGAGUUUGGGAAGAUCUCCAUUAACUUGAAACAAUCAGUGAACUAUAUUUUGAAUCCAAGCUACUUCAAGUUUGUAGAGAAGGUUCUGAAUAGACUGAACCCAAGAGAAAUGAUCGAUUUCAUCAAACCAUUAACUGGAUUAAACCAGGAUUUGGAAGAAAUAUCCAGCAUAGUCCUUGAUGUCUACCAAGUCUUAGGAACCGAAAACUCCUGGUUUGCUGCCUUAAUGGAAUCUGAGCUAACACCAAUCGACUCUAUCACUAGAAACAACCGUAUUAUAAUUGCACACACAGCAAAUGGAACCACAGAUACCGAAAAUCUUAUACAUACCAAAAAUGCCUUCAACACCCUAUUUAGAGGAAAUAGCAUCCUUUCGAAAUCCCUGGAAAAGUACGGCCUUCGAAUUGGCCAUGAAUAUCUAGAGAAAGUUAUUGGUUCAUUUGUCAAACGGCUUACUGAGGAAAAGAAAGACUGCGAAGUCGAUCCAAGGAUGAUAGAGAUACCGAAGUCAGCUGAAAUGGACGACGAAACGGUUAAACAGAAAAGACAGGAACAAGCUGAAGACAAUAUGAAAAACCUUGUCGAGUAUGUCUCAAUUUUGUGGGACCAGCUUUAUAAUACAACUAAUGACAUACCUACGCCUUUGAAAGAGCAGUGGAAAAAUUUACGGCACAAAGUGGAGCAGGCGGUAGAGCCUUCAGAUACAGAGACACCGUUAAAUGCCCUUUCAUCGUUUGUGUUUCUGAGAUUUAUUUGCCCAACGGUAUUGAAUCCUAAACUGUUCUACCUGACGAAAGAUCAUCAGGUAGGGAUGGUAGGACGCACACUGACUUUGAUAGCUAAGAUACUGCUCACUAUAGCAAACAGAUCAUCUUUUGUAGAACACAAAGAGCCUCAUCUACUUCCCCUGAACACUUUUAUUAAAGAAAACAAUGAGAAAGUUAUACAAUACUACGAUAAGAUUACAUUCAGGAAGCUGGACUUUUCUCCAAAAGUAUUGGAGAUGAGUGAUGAUGUCGAUCGACCACCUCUGAAUAUUCCAGACUGGAUCAGAGAGGAACUUCCAACGAUGCCCUACUUGAUAGACAAAUAUUUGAGACUCACUGAACUGGUGAACCUGAUCCAUCUUCAUAAUAAGGAUAAGAUUACAAGCAAACCCAAGACAUUAGAAGAUCUCAAAAAAUCUCACAGAAUACAACAAAUUAACGACAGCAACCAGUUCACCAUUGGAGUUUUGGAAUUUGAAAAAGAAGGGGAUGGAUCGGGAAGUUUAUUUGAUGACAUUGAAGAAGAUUUUGGAAUAAGCGAGUUUUCAGACAAAAACGAGUUGAUUCAAGGCUCCUUAAGCCCUAGCAUCAACCUGGGUUUAGAAGAAGAUAGUUUACUGUUCAGAAAGACAUUUUCUUUCAAAGAACUGCAAAGUGAAGCUUCUUCUAUCGUGUUGAAGACGUCAUCGGUAAAGGCUCUUCUUGAUGCCCCACAACUUCCGAAACAGUUUUCCUCCGAACAAUGGCAACAGUAUUCAAAAGAAUGUCAUGCUAAUGCUAUUGUUGACAACGAAAAUAAAAUUAUCUAUGCGAAAGCGAUGAAUAAAUCAGAUGUCCUAGAUUCUACCGAUUUGGCCCGUUUCCUUGAGUCCUAUGAGACUAUCGCCAAAAAGACAGAGAGGAAUUCUGCUACCAACUCCGGCGGAGCAUUGAAGAAAAGCUCUAGUAUCUACAGUUUGAAACUGGGACUUGAAAGAAAAACAUCUCUACGCAAGUUGUUUGGUAAGAAAUAG